CCAGGGUAGUGAAAGUGUGACAUUCUGUGCUGUUAGGUGUGGCUUAAGCCUAAACUGCUCACUGCUGCGCUCUGUACCCAGAUCAAAUUCAGACCAUGUUCAGCUUCCUCAAUGGCCUUAAGCAUGCAACUGGCUAUGGGGAGGUGUGGACAGAAACCAACAAGUUCUCCCAGUUUGGCUGGAGGUGCACCACCAAUGAGAGCGAUUAUUCACCCAAAGUACUUAUAGGGAACUGGAAUGAAGAGCGCUAUGACAUCCGGAACUUUGCACAACACAAACCACUUCCUUCGCAAUACUCCCACUGCUUUGAAACAACGUACUCUUCGGAUUACAACAAGGACAAGGAUCAGAGAAGAAGAAGAUUUCAACAAGAACCUCACUGGUUUCCAUGCCACCAGCCUGAGUUGGAACCUCCUUUGUUCAAAUCAACUGCCCGGUCCUGCUACACAAUAGACCACAAGCCUCUGCUUAGCAACUGCUCAUGUCCAGCACUCAGAGAAGGAACAAAAAGGAUGCAGAAAAAGCAAUAGGUGAAGGAAUCUGCAGACUAUGACUUCAGGAUAACAGGAGGCCUGUCUGCUAGCAGUGCUGCAAAGAUAUCCCUCAAACCAAAACAACCUGUCCUGCAUUAAAGCCAAAUAUAGCAUCUUGUGAAAUA